AUGAUUGCAGCACAUUUCAAUAGCAAAGAAACAAUUGAAGUUCUUAUUAAAAAUAGUGCAUAUGUAGACAAAUCAAUUAUUAAUUAUGUCUCAAAAGAUUUUAACAAAGAAGUAAUAGAAUAUCUACUUUUAAACGGGGCUGAUAUCAAUUCAAAAGAUAAAGAUGGUGAAACUUUAUUACAUAUUGCAGCUUUUCGAAAUCAAAAAGAAAUAGUUGAAUUACUUGUCUCAUAUGGUGCAGAUGUCAAUGCAAAGGAUAAUGAAGGUAGGACUGCUCUUCAAUUUGCAUAUGGAUUUUAUAGUGAAGAAAUAAGCAAAUUGCUAAGCACUCAAGAAGAUACAAAUUAA